UAAAAUUUAAGCUUGUGCUGACUAUGGUCUUACAUAAAAUUGCUUUGAGUGGCUUGAAAAUAUAUUGGCGAUAUGCAAAUCGCGAGCACAGGAAUAAUUAUAGUCUCCGUUCACUGUCAGGUAGGGACAAGAAAAUAUGCAAUAUUCGUUUAUAAAAGGAAUGCAAUGUGAUCAGCGUCGUCUUUUGCAAGUUCGCUUCUUUUUUGGUUCUCUCGAAUACUUAGUGAUGCCAUAUAAAUGUGUUUGUAAUUAAAGAAACUAAAAAACCUGCCAAUAUUUUUCUCGGAACAAUAGUGAUCGUUCGAGAGUCUAAAUGCGUCUGCUGUUAAUUUUGUUCUUCGCGAGCACUAUCUUAGCGCGAAGUGCUAGAAAUAGAAGGGAUACUGAUCUGACUACAUUUAAACUUCCUGUUUCUACAACUGAGGUUUAUAAUGGAAAUAAGACAACGGACGUUAAUUCUGAUGAAACUAAUGAAAAUAAUAUUUUCAAUCAUCCGUUAAGAAUGAUAUUGAACCUUAUUAAAUCAAUAAUAUUAGUCAUUAAGAAUACAUUAUUGACAUUUUCAAAAACAAUAAAUUCAGCGAGUGACUUUGUAAUACGCGCUAUGCAACAACCGUUUAAAGAAAUAUUAAGGAUGAUAAUCAGAAUCUUUGAGUGGUUGUAUAACAAUAUUUUUAAUUAAAAAAUGGUAACAUUAUAAAAUUUUUUCAAAUUUUGUUUCUCUUAGUUACAAAUAUAAAUAACUAUCAACUGACAAAGUUGGACUAUCAUUAGAAGUCGAUAUUAAUCACUGGAAAUUACAAAAAGCAUUUAUCAAAUCCAGACUAAGAAGGAAGUCCAUCCAUUGAAUACCUAUCAUAUUUUUUGGUACACAGCGGAAACUUUUUGGUCAACUAUACAUCAACGUACUUUUAUCUACUUAAAUUGUCUCAUUUGUAAAUGUAUUUAUAAAUCAACGUUCAAUAAUUAUCGAUAACUUAA